GAUAUGGAGCUUCCUAUCCAGGGUUAUUGAUUCUUGCAUGACUUACUUUGCUCACAAUGUAUGGAGAGUUAUGCGAUAUUGGAUCGAGAUGCAGAUGAACACAAUGAUCCUACUCGCCAACACCCACAUCAUCACACCCUCCUGCAUGCAUGCACUACAUGGACACUACAUCCAUGUAGUGCAUGAGGCUACCAAAUACUCUCCCUCAGCUCUAAGCCCCGACUGCUCCAACAUUACUGUUGCUUCCAGUGUCUUGACUUCUUCAAUCUCUACCACUUCUGGCUCCCCUUCGCCCCCGAAGCUAGAGCGUCUAAGUAAGAUGGAAUCUGUAGAGCUUCACGCGCGGGCUAGUGAAUGUGUCUCUGAUUUCAAUGCAUUGCUAAUGGUCGAGCCCCCUGUCGGAAUUCAUCACAAUGGUGACGAUCUGACUAGCGAAGAGCAACUUGCCCGCUUCUCAAUUUGGGCAGCAAACAUCGGGAUUUUCGCAGACGGCCAUGCAUCUCUGGACUAUAGACUAAGGGAUAGCUGGGAAGCCAAAAAAUUGAUGCUUGAUCUCCUGGGAAGUCUAAAGAACUAUCUUCGUCGAGCAACGGACACCGUCAGGGACUCUGAUGACGCUGACGGUUUGUUGAACCCCUCGGCGAGAAGCCAGGAGACGAUAAACACUGGGUCUCAGCAAAUUCUUUCUGCUUCUUCCAUCCUUACCUCGUCAUAUCAGGCUUCAGUAACAGAUGAUUCUAUUUCAAUUUCGGUCGAUCAAGACCGAACUCCUUUCGAACAGCGUCUGCAUGGAGUUGAGCAGACGAUUGAUCGCCUGUAUAGACUUUCCGUAGCUAUUCGAAAGCCAUCAAUCAUCAAUCAAAACACAAAAGCCGCAACUUUUCUCAUCAGAGACGAGGAGGGUAACGAUGUCAGUAGACAGUUUGAGGAAUUCGCGCUCGCUUGGAUCACGCACACCUUUCAAGAGGCGUCCGUUUUCCUUCGAGAACGACUUGCGAGAUCGAUAACUCUUCGCAGAAGGCGUUUCAUGUUCCGUCAACAUCACCAAAAGAAAUUGGGUAUCAAAGCUGUUCUGAACCCGCCAGCUCGACCUGAAAGGCCAGCUUGCGUUGAUCUCGAUACGGAAUCCACAGCUGUGGCAAGAACUAUUGUCGAUACUUCUAUUCAAAAAGUGGAGUUUAAGCAAAAGUCCUUACUCAAGCCAGCUCUGGCUUCGCAGACUUCUGCUUCUAGGGUUCAUGGGAAGUUCAGGACGGAGGAUGUGUUUCGUCCGACGACAUCACGAGCACCCACAGAGUUUUCCGGUACUAUUGUUCAACAAGAAGCAAUCGGUAUUUCUGAUCCUCCAAAAGCGGUUGCCGGUAGCAAAGAGUUUGAAUGCCCUUACUGUUGUAUGAUGCUUCCAAUGAAGGAAGCCAUGCGGUCCAAUUGGGUGCGUCACGUUUUAAACGACCUCGAACCUUAUGUGUGUGUUUUUGAAGAUUGCAGUGAUGCGCACAGAUUGUUUUGGGACCGUGCUGCGUGGCUCUCGCAUAUGCAAGACACCCACACAAGACAGUGGACGUGUCGAGCACCAGGCCAUAAAGUUAUCAUUUUCGAGACCGAAGACGGGUUUGAAGAUCACAUACGACUUGAUCAUGCCAAUGGCUUCAAAGAAAGUCAAUUACCAUGGUACAAGAAGCGUAGCCAAGGUCCGGCCUCAAGCCUGUUUUCUGAAUGUCCUCUUUGUGGCUAUGCACCUACUGAAGAACAGAUAGACUCUUUACUGAAUAAUACCGGUUCUCAUAGUAGUCAGAAACAAAACCGAAGCAAAAUUGUCUCAGAGGAUGUUGGUAAACACUUGGCAAGACAUUUGCAAGCCAUCUCAAUGAAAGCGCUGCCCUGGCAGGAGGAUGUUGAAGAAGAGUCAAGCGAGAAAGAGGCAUCGAAGCAUGCCGACGAAGGUCAUAAAAGCAACGAUGAUCUUGAAUCUCAUUUGGCUGGCGAUUUGAUUACACUGGCUGUUCACAAUGAUGAAUCCGACGCUGUCCACGACAUCGCAUGGCAAUUUGUCGAUCCUGCGGCAGCUGAUUGUGGAAUUAUUUUGAAACCAUGUGCUACGUACGAAAGCUAUCAAGCUGAAUGGGGAUUUAUGCCCCAAGCAGAGUACUACGGCCAUGAUAGGGAUCCUAUCUUACAGAAGCUGCUCAGAAGACUUUAUCUCGAUUCUUCCUCCACCACAGAACCACAUUCAGAUCUCGUCCUUCCUGUUUACAUGAUGCCACCAACACCACUCAACAAGAAUUUUUUCGGGCGUAAAAACACGCUCAAAGCAAUUGCGACAGAACUGAUACCAGAAACCAACACUAUUCCUGCCGAUGGUAAAGCAAUCACGUAUCCCCUGUCGUUUGCAAUAUGUGCGCCAGGAGGAAUGGGUAAGACGCAAGUUGCGAUACAGUUUGCACGGAAGUACCAAGAUGCUUUUGAUGUUAUUCUAUGGGUCAAUGCAGACAGUGCCAACGAGAUGGCUCAGGGGUUUCAAAAAAUUGCUCGUGUUCUUGGCCUCAUCCCAGAAGGUUCGAUUGAUGCCAACGACCUCGUACAUACCCGAGAACUUGUCAAACGGUGGCUUGUAAAGCCAUCACUCCGUGAUAGCUAUGAUAUUUCUCAGCAACAGAUAUCUUGGCUACUAAUUUACGAUGGCGUACAAGACCCGGACAUCCUGAACGACUUCUGGCCAUAUGAUGGGCCAGGCUCUGUCCUCAUCACAAGCCGAAAUCCGUUCUCCUGGACAAAGUCGUUACCACUGAAACAAUUUACUGCGGAAGAGGCUGUUGCUUUUCUUUUGAGGUUAACAAACAGGGAACUAUCGAAUGUGGACCGGAAAAGCGUCAGCAAUGUCAGCUCCCGAUUGGGUGGACUCCCUUUGGCUUUGACACAGAUGGCUAGUAUCAUUGUCACAAAACAGCUCAGCUUCUCCCAAUUCUUCGACUCUUACAACGAGCGGGAAAGCCAACGUGAACUCUUAAGAUUUAAAGAUAACCUGUCACUGAGCCAUGAGCACACCGUAGCCUCGGUCUGGGCAUUCGAGAAUCUCAAAUACGGCAGGAAACUCCUGAAUGUGCUAUCGAUGCUUGAUCCAGAUAGUAUACCAGAGCGUUUGCUUACCAAUGCUAUUAGUGGGAUCAACCUUCCGGGAUAUCCUACAACAGCCAAUGAAUACGAGCAUGCUAAAAGGGAGCUUUUAGCUUGUUCUCUGGUGACUGGGAACAAACAGGAAAGCAAGCUUUUCAUUCAUAGACUGGUACAAGAUGUUGCGAGAGCAGAAAUGGGACAGUCAGAAUUUCGACAAACUUUCGUUGCUUGUGUUAAACUAGUUGCGUCAAUAUGGCCCUUUGAGGACUUUACUUGGCGCCAUGGUGUUGCACGUUGGCCCAUUUGCGAGGAAGUCUUUCCACAUAUCUCCAGGCUCAAAGAUAUCUUCCCAGCGAUUCACCCUUCAGCGGAGACGUCUGAUGAUUAUCAUUUUGCCAGACUACUUACUGAUACUGGCUGGUAUUUGCAUGAGCGUGGAAGGUUGGUUGACACUAACCUGUAUAACAACAUGGCCCAGUCAAUUUGUGAGUCUCUCAAGUGUCAACUUGAUGUGCCUUCAGAUGUUGGUCCCUCUCACGGGGUGACACAUGCUGAGCUUGACUAUACACUCGCCGAACUUUAUCACAAUAGAGGGGUCAUUGCGUGUGGUUCGAGUGACUCUAUGGAAGGACUGAGAAAUCUCAAAAUCUUCCACGACAUGAUGGAGAAACAGUUUAAUAAAGAGACUCCGCGCACUGAUAUGCGGCUUGGCCUUGCUUGUAAUGAACUCGGGUUUGCAUACAUGCUUAAAGAGGACUGGGCUCAAGGGGAAGUAUACUUUCAGCGGUCCAUCGAGCUACUUCAACAACUUGACGAGUAUGAGCCGGUCUUAAUAUCGCUUCCGAUGGUUAAUCUAGGGUACGCGUAUUGGCUACAAGGCAGGUUGAGCGACGCCGCAGACGUCUUGGAGAAGGGCGUAAGCGACCGCGAGGAGAAAUAUGGCAUUCAAGAUCGGAUAUCGUUCAUCUCAGGGAGAUUUUACCAUGCCCUUGGCAAUGUAAUGUACGAUCAAGGGUCCGCCGAAGAAAGUCUCAGCUAUCACCAUAAAGCCCUUCUUCACUACAAAGCCACGCUGGGAAACAACCACCAUCUCACUGCAUCGGUGUUCGUCAAAGUCGCGGAGCACAACAUUCGCGUGUGUCAAUAUGACACCGCUGUAGCUCUGCUGGACCACGCAUUCAAAGUAUAUUCCAUGUCCAAGAGUUACCUGUCUGAGAGAGCACGAGUUUCCUUUAAGCGAUCUCAGGCUCUGAAAGGUCUUGGAAGGUUUGAAGACGCGGGUAAAGAGCUGAGGAAGUGCUUUCAAGUGUACGAGGAACAGGUCGUUGAGAGAGUCGCUGUGACAGGUAAGAAGAGGACGGUAAAAAGUAAGGCGGAAGAUCUGACUGAUAGGGAUUUCGAUGAUUUGGUUGCAUUCUGGUUUAAGUAGCUGAGCAUUUGGAUAUAUUUGUGGAUUGUUUACGCCUUUACAGUCCAAUGUACCUAGAUAGAGCUAAGUCGGGCACACGACUUGUGUUCCUUACAACUCUGAUACAUCUUCAAAACAGCAUCGAUUAAUCAACUUCAAACGUUCUUUCCAGCAAAAUACACAUGGUACAUAUUCAAUUUAAACAGGAGAAAAGAAAAGAGAAAGGGGAGACAUGAACCAACAAACUUGAGAAUUCAUCACGUGGUAUGAUGUAGAAUAGGGAUUUAUCUUGCAUUGCGAAUAGCGGUCAAAAUUAAAUUUGCCUAAUCGGUCGCUGACAGCGAAGAGGAAGUUAAAAAAGAUCGUCGAGAUGUAUGGGCCGGAGUGGACGAAGCGUGGACUGAUCAGCGGUACUAAGAACUAGUUGAAACGGAGCAAGGAAUCUGGUGACAUCAGAUGUAAAAAGCCUGUGAGAUAAUCGAUGAGAGAAUACUUUAGAGCUUGAAUAGUGAAGAGGCUAUUGGUGAUCAUAAGGAGAAGUCUGGAGAAUCGUAGAUUGACGAGAGAGAUGAGGUGGUGACGCGGUUGGGAUAGCCGUCGUCGCUGUUUGCAGCUUGGUGCCUACCUACCAAAUAAAUGGAUAGACGAGAUACCCGGCGCUGAUUGAAUUACGGCUGGAUAGUUAAACAACAAAGUAUGAAGCAAGUGAAUUCAAU